AGAAGCACCAUCAUCAUCCUCGCGCACCAGUAGCAAAACCGAAAUAGAACCCCCCCCCAAAAAAAAAAAAAAAACGAUGACGUUCUCAACGGUUCUUCAAAAACAAACCAUUAUUUAACACCCCCCAAAAAAACUUCUGACAACCGAUUACAGUCCGUUAGACGCUCCUGGCUGUAACACGCCCAUCGACUGUCCUCCUGCUCAGUAGCCAUGAUGCUUAGCAGCUCUGUCGAGGUGCCCAGUCCCGUCCACGGUGGCAUGUCCGGUCUCUCCGGGAUGAGGGUGGCAGUGGUGGGGAACGUCGUCCGGUCCUCCAGUAUCUCGGGAGCCAUGUACAGCCUGGAGAAGAGUCCCGGGAGUGGCGGUCGGCCGGGAGAGGUGGGGACGCUGGCCGGAAACAAGAAGAGACGCUCAAGCCUUGGAGCCAAGAUGGUGGCCAUCGUGGGUCUGUCGCAGUGGAGCAAGAGCACUCUGCAGCUCAAUCAGCAAGAAGAACGAGCGAAGAAGUUACGCAGUACGAUCAGACGGAGCACGGAGACGGGCAUCGCUGUGGAGAUGAGAAACCGAGUCACGCGACAGGGUAGCAAGGAGUCCACCGACGGUAGCACCAACUCCAACAGCUCAGACGGAACGUUUAUCUUCCCCCCUACUCGUAUGGGUCCAGAGAGCCAGUUUAGUGACUUCCUGGAUGGACUAGGCCCCGCCCAGAUCGUAGGCCGACAGACACUAGCCACUCCCUCCAUGGGUGACGUCCAUGUGGGUAUGGUGGACAGAGGAGGCCAGCUAGAGGUGGAGAUCAACCAGGCCAGAGGACUGACCCCUAAACCAGGGUCAAAGAACAUCCCAGCAACCUAUGUAAAGGUGUAUGUGUUGGAGAAUGGGGCAUGUCUGGCUAAGAAGAAGACCAGAGUGGUGAAGAAGACUCUAGACCCCUCCUACCAACAGGCCCUGCUGUUUGAAGAGAGUCCUCAGGCCAAAGUCCUACAGGUGAUUGUGUGGGGUGACUAUGGGAGGAUGGACCACAAGUGUUUCAUGGGCAUGGCUCAGAUCAUGCUGGAUGAGUUGGACCUUGGUGCCACGGUGAGCGGAUGGUACAAGCUGUUCCCCACCUCGUCUCUGGCUGACCCCAGCAUCGGACCCCUCACACGGCAACUGUCCCAGUCCUCACUGGAGAGCUGUGCCACCAGCCCCUCCUGUACCUAGACAGAGAGAACUAUAUACUCACACUCACACUCACACACACACACACACACACACACACACACACACACACACACACUCACACACACACACACACACACACUCACACUCACACACACACACACACACACACACACACACUCAUCAUGCAGAUAUGUUAUACACGCAGAAACGCAGUCAGACGUGUUUACAUGCAGGCUUCUGCAUACACACGUGCCCAUCCAUAAACCCCUGACACACACACACACACACACACACACACACACACACACACACACACACACACACACACACACACACACACACACACACACACACACACACACACACACACACACACACACACACACACUCCAACACGCUGAUCCUCAGAUCCAUCCCCAUAACUACGCCAGAUAACAUGAUUUACCAGAACAUAGCAUUAUAGUAGCGUUACUUACUGCCCAAUAUCCCUGUCCCCUGUCUCCUGCCCCUUCCCCCUGCCCCCUGUCCCCUGCCCCCUGCCCCCUAU